UUGUUUCUUUUGAGCUCACAAUUUUGUUGAGAGAAAUGGGUGCCAAUCAUUCCUCCUCAUCAUCAUCAACUUGGCCAGAAUCAUAUGGAUCAACAACAAAGAAGCCUCUUGUUAUUGCCUUCCAUUCUUCUAUGAAUUGGAGGAUUCAUUUUGAUGCCUCAAAGCAAACAAAGCAACUGAUGGUAAUCGACUUCACAGCUACAUGGUGUGGACCUUGCAAGUACAUGGAGCCUAUCGUCCACGAGUUUGCUGCUCAAUACAGUGACGUUGAAUUUGUUAAGAUCGAUGUCGAUGAAUUGGGGGAUGUGGCUCAAGACUUUGGGGUAGAGUCAAUGCCAACGUUUGUGUUGGUGAAGAAAGGCAAAGUGGUGGAAAAGAUUAUUGGGGCAGAUAGGGAACAACUCCAGAAGAAAAUCCAGAAGCAUAGAUACUAAUUAACUCAUAACUCAUAAUUUGCCAAACAUUAUUCAAUUGUGUGUUUUAAUUUUGUUGAAGAAAUAAUAAUAUUUAGGUCAAACAAAAUGGUAAUGUAAUAUUAGGCUGGAGCCUAGAGGAGCUGAAAUAGUCUCUUGAUCUCUAAUAAUGAUCACUUCUUUUUAUUUCUUGUCUU